AUGCCGAGCGAUAAAACAAUUGGUUAUGGAGAUGAUUCUUUCAACACGUUUUUCAGCGAAACUGGAACAGGAAAACAUGUUCCUCGAGCGCUUUUUGUCGAUCUAGAGCCCUCUGUCAUAGGUAGGCUUUAGUUGUUUAUAAAGUACAUCUUAUAUGUAUGAUUUUGCAAGCCAGAUUUCAUCAAGCCACUUCGCACGCCUUAAUAAUUUAUACAGUUUGCUUUACAUUUCAACUUGGUAUACUUGAAACAAUUAAAAAGAAUUUCGAAACCACUAAUCAGCUUCCCAAAUGCAGUUCUUAGUUCAGUUUUGGUUUCGAACAAAAAUUAACGCAAGUUUUUAUGCGUGUGCGUGGAUUCGUAAAGGGAUACUUUAAGGCCACGUGACCCCUGCGUUUAAAUAUGCUAGUUUAAACUAAUUUUUAAGUGUAAAAAUUUAUAUUGUACUUUUUUUUAAAGUAGUUAUUAUAAUCACGCUGUCAUUGCCCUCCCAUGAGAUAACGCAUUUGUUACCUACAAAAAAUGCUUGUCACCUUUAAAAUUCAUUGCGUAGUAUUUUUUUUUUUACAAUUCUCUAGCUAAUAUAUAUAUCUUCGCCUGAGUAUUUCACCCAGUAGAGGAAAAAAGGUGAAAAUUCAUUUGAAUUUUAUAUUUAUGGAUGAGCAACUGACAAUUGAGGUUGAUUCGUUGUUACUGUCAUAUACUAUUUAGGAUCAGUGCCCACAGGGCCCUUUUACAGAAAAGACUUUGUCAGUGCAAACGGAAGAUCCUUUUUUUGAUGUGCAUCUAUACUACCUGUUCAUUCGGUUCCAAAAACAUUUUUGACAGCUGGUUAUAUUCAUCUGCUGUGAUGCUUUUUUCGAUAUAUCCUUGGUAACAGUAGUUUUGCUAAAGUAUUUUAUGCUAAAAAGUAGCUCAUGUUUAAAGGUUUCCUUAUAAUUACUUGCGACACUUUCUCCAAACGGAACGAAUUCAAAUUGCAAGUUGCUGUCACCACUGCUCUUGGGGGAAUACCAGCUAGCUUCUCCCGAAAACUCCCUAAAAUAAAAUGAUGUUAGGGCUCUCCAUUCUUUAUGAGAAAUAUCCUAUUUUGUAAUUGGUAAUAAUACCCUGCGAGAGGAGGCUACUAUUUCGCGCUAAUCACCGGCGGCGAAAACAAAAGCCUCUGCCAACAAUCGUCUCAUUUCGUUCUAGAUCUUGCGUGCGUGAAUUUCGUCAACUGCACUCGAUCGCGAUCAAAUGGCGACGACCGACGUUUCUUUCACUGUUUGAGACACAACUUGUUGCAGCAUAUUAGCCGAAAAUGGUUUUAAGUUCUAUUGCGUGGUUGAAAAACAACAGAAUUUAACCACAAAACCUUUUUAGCGACAAAUUACUGAUAACUGCGCACGCUUAACGUGUUUUGCGAUCGUGCUAAUGCGCAGGGAGGGAGCAGAUCAAACGGGAACAGUAGCCGACCACACUGAUAGACGGCAUAAUAUCCAAUCCGACCUACAGUUAUAAUUAACGAGUUAUUUUAAAUUUAUUCGUCCAUAUUUUUAGAUAAGAAUGGACAGUUGGCAGCAGAAGUUACUUUUCUCACGCAAGUGCCCAGGACGAAAAAGUAACCUCUGCUCGCAGGGUAUUAUUAUUAAAUUUAAAGAGACAAUCAUUAGAAACUCAAAAAAGGUUGCUGUCUGACUGCUGCCUGUCCGACCUCGUCCCGAUAAUUUUUCAAUAUAUUAAGCAAUGAUAAUAUACAUUUAUCCACUUCAGUGUCUCUCUCGUACACGUCUAGCCUAAGGAAACAGCCGACAUUUCGCGACGCCACCACUGGUUUCACGGCGAAAAGACUUUUGAGGGGAGAGCGGAGAAAUUUCAUACUAGAGGGUAGUGCUUCUGAUUAGACGCGUCGCGAGGGUAAUUUGCUUCAACCAAUCAGAACCACUACUCAGAUCAGGGCAGUGACGCGUCAUCAGUAUGGAAUUUCAGUUCUGUGCUCGUUUCUCAGAAGUUAUUUAGCGGGAAAACCAGUCGUGAUGGCUUCGCGAAAUGUCGACCUCUUUUCUCCACACGUCCUUCUAGUUGUUCCACCGCAUAACUAUAUAUAUAAACAUGGACUAAAAAGAUUGGCGAGGUUUUCUAACUUUCUCUUACGAUUUUAUUAGAUGAGAUCCGUUCAGGGACUUAUCGCCAAUUAUUUCACCCCGAUCAACUUCUAACUGGUAAAGAAGAUGCUGCCAACAACUAUGCUCGCGGGCACUACACUGUUGGAAAAGAACAAAUUGAUUCAGUGAUGGAUAAAACUAGAAAGAUGGUAAUUUUAAUUUAAGUUGCUUAUAUAUCAAACUAUGCUACAUUUUGUAAGCCAGGAAAGUGAAGAGCGACUCGGAUUAAUAUACUGGGCAUUUUGUUCGCGUGACUACCUGGCAAUCACUGGAAUCUGAAAGCUGUCCUUCGAGGAAACCAAUGAGCAGACUUUUAGCACCCGCUCUUUUCAUUAGUCAGUAGAGUAAGUAGAGUCUUCUUCACGGUAAAUACGUUGUUUUUGACAUUUUGGUUUGUCAAUUUGGAAAUGCCUUGCCUUUUUAAAUUGGUUAAUUUAACACCAUGAAUUGACAGGGAUGUUCGAAUGGGUGCAAAAAUCAAUACCCAAGAAAUUCCCAUGCCAAAUUUCCAAGUCUUAUUAUCUGGUUUUAUGAAACGGAUGCAAUUUAAUGCGUCAAAUGUUAAAACAGCCACAAAACAACGUGGCCGGGAAGUUCGGGCACUGCCAUGAAUCUUAAGAUUGUUUUAAACCAGCAGUUCCUGUUUGAACCCAAAAAAACUCCCUCCUUAAAUCAAACCACCCCAAAAAAUACUUGUCAAAUUUUCCAACCCAAGAAAAUCCGGGAAUCGAAAAUUUCAACCCCCUGGGAAAAAAACUAGGAAGGGUCGAUCAUCCCGGGUUAUCGUGAAAUCCCUAUUACCUUUCCUACAGGAGUCUUUAAAAAUGCUUUAGGAAGGGUAAAAAAAUUGAUAUUGACAGAAUCAAGAUUCGGCUGUUGGGACACGGCAUUGCAUUGAAAGAAAUAUUCUUCCACACCAACAAAAUGAGGCUAAGAAUAACAGCAAACGUCGUCAUUAGUGACAAAGGGAUUUGGAUGGAUUCCGAAAGCUCUGUGUAACUUUUAAGGUUUGUAAUCUCGUACCCAGAUCUCACUCUGUUUUACACUGAAAAGUGGCCGUCGUAGAUCUGGGUACGAGAUUACAGAAUUUGUUGAUGCCGUUCAGGAAAGAAUAUUUCUUUGAAAAUUUGAUGUUAUUUGAAACCAACUAACAUUCCGGCUAACCAACUCACCAUCGAUUGCGUGAUAGACAGUGAACAGGGUACCGGCGUUGUGAACAGAAACAAAGCAAUUCAAAGAGGACAAACGGCAAGUUGUUGUUGCUCAAAAUAUCUAAAAGUCGUAACUGCUCAUCAGUAGGAUGCCUAAAAUGUAUGCAAUUCCUCAAUUGCUCUCAGAUCCAACGACAGCGUCUUUAAGUGCCCAGCCUCGUUACGUACGUGGUCCUCUAGCUUUACAAAAUGUGAAAAGACCUCGAUCGCCCCUCCUUUACCUUUCCAGCUAUAGGCCGCUCUGCUCAGUUCGCUAUAAUCGUACUUAUCGCUCCACAAUUGUCAUGAGUUCUUUAUACAGCUGAAAACGAUUACUGUGCGCGUUUGCUCAUUUGAUGUCGUUUCUCCCACGUUUUUAGGCAGAUCAAUGCAGCGGUCUGCAAGGGUUCCUGAUCUUCCAUUCCUUUGGGGGAGGAACAGGGUCCGGUUUUACCUCGCUACUCAUGGAGCGUCUCUCAGUAGACUAUGGCAAGAAAUCAAAGUUGCAGUUUGCUAUCUACCCGGCGCCCCAGGUCUCUACGGCCGUUGUGGAGCCGUAUAACUCUAUCUUAACGACGCACACUACCCUGGAGCAUUCCGAUUGUGCCUUUAUGGUCGACAACGAGGCUAUUUACGACCUGUGCCGUCGGAACCUCGAUAUCGAUCGACCGUCGUACACCAAUCUGAACCGUCUGAUUGGUCAGAUUGUGUCGUCCAUCACUGCCUCGCUUAGGUUUGAUGGUGCCCUGAAUGUGGACCUGACUGAAUUUCAGGUUAGUUGCUAUUUUCAUUUUUACUAGAAAUACGUGAAUCGUAGAGUCUCGCGAAGCAGAGGCUAAGUAGCCUGCGUAGCAAGCGUUUCCGCGUUGUUUAGGAGCAAAGAAAGACCAAGGAACUAUGAUUUUAGGUUUUGGCCUCGCGAAAAAUGAAACGGGAGCUUUGAGUCUCGUUACUUGUUCGUUGCGCGGAGUUGGGUUAAAGGAAGUUUCAGUAACUUGCUUCAAUAUAAUGUGCUCCUUGAUUUUUUUUUCCGCUUAUCGCCGGCCAUGUUCAAAAUUCGAAAUAUUGCUCCAAUUCUUUCUCGAGUCUUAAGACAAAGUUUGAGGUGUGGACAUUCAAAUGCAAGUCCCCAUAUCGGAAACACUUUUUAGUUGAUACUGCUUUCUUUUUUCAUAAUUAAAGGAAAUGAAGUUUUUCCUAACCUGCGAUCCUUGAUAUCUUUACUUUUAGGCUUGUUAGAAGCAUGUAAAAGAAAUUGUAUUAUAACCCAUGAAACACUUAUAAGGAACUCCGAAGAACUCGUUCAAAAGUGUUCCGUUUGCGCAUGCCUUCCAGGUCGAAUUAAAAUCUGGACGUGUUUGUCUGUUUUUUUAGGAGAGGCGAAAACCGGAAAACCCGGAAAACAUUUUCUCCGGCUUUGCAGGGACGAGAACCAACCGCCAACAAACUUAUGUCAUAGACGCCGAAAGUAAGUUGAAUAAACAACAACUAAGGCUCCUGUUCUUUACCUUACUUUUCAGACCAAUUUGGUGCCGUACCCCCGUAUACACUUUCCGUUGGCCACUUACGCUCCAGUUAUCUCGGCCGAGAAAGCCUACCACGAACAGUUGAGUGUCGCUGAGAUCACAGCUGCUUGCUUUGAACCUGCUAACCAGAUGGUGAAGUGCGACCCUCGUCAUGGAAAAUACAUGGCCUGCUGUCUGCUGUUUCGUGGGGACGUGGUGCCGAAGGACGUUAAUGCAGCUAUUGCGAGUAUUAAGACCAAAAGAAGUAUUCAGUUUGUGGAUUGGUGUCCUACAGGAUUCAAGGUACAUAGCUUUAAUCAGUUCUUAGUGAUCAGUAGACUUUCCUGCUUUGCAACGGAAAAAGCCCUGGGAACGAGGUUGCAAGCUUGACUUUGAUAGCUCGUCAUGGUUUUAAGUCUGACUGACCAGUUAUUGGUCAGCUUUCGGUGUACUCCACAGAAUCAACCCAACAAAGUAUGAACGAAUAGUGAAACAAACGAAUUAAUUGCAGUGAAUAAAACCACAGGACAGUUAAGUGUUAAGUGUUAGUGACACGUUACAAAUGAGAAGAAAACUGGAGCCGAAAUGCGUCCUGCAAUUGUUUCUGGGAUCGUUAUUGGGAACACGCCGGUCAACUAUUGGCCAAUAGUAACAGCCCCAGAAGUAUUCGCGAGAGUUAACUCGCCCCAGUUUCCUUCUCGUUCUCAAUAACGCGACUGAAAUACGCAGUAUAACUUAGACUUUUCUUUAAAACUAGGUCGGAAUCAAUUACCAGCCUCCCACGGUCGUUCCUGGAGGCGACCUCGCUAAGGUACAACGCGCAGUGUGUAUGUUGAGCAACACCACCGCUAUAGCAGAGGCCUGGGCACGACUGGAUCACAAGUUUGAUCUGAUGUAUGCUAAACGUGCUUUUGUCCACUGGUACGUGGGAGAAGGGAUGGAGGAGGGAGAGUUCUCUGAGGCACGAGAAGAUCUAGCAGCUCUGGAAAAGGAUUAUGAAGAAGUUGGCGUGGAUACAACAGAGGGGGAGGAAGAGGACGCUCAAGAGUAUUAAGGCGCCGGUUUAUAAGUUAGAUUCAGGCUCGAUAAAUUUAAAUCAAAGAAGGUUGGUUUUCUUGGCUUGUCUAAAAGAAUAGCGUUAAAUCAAUGUAAGAGAAAUUAAAAUUGUAGGGAAAAGUUUCAGGAGUUCGUUGAUUUGCUACAAAUGUAUCUUGGACUUGCACUAGCGCAAAAUAAAGGCUUUGUUGUAGGAAGGCAAAACGUCCUUCAUUGAAAUUGAAAGUUGUGAUCGUGAAGUCAUAUACAUAUUUUUGUCACGGCGUCUACACUGAAACUCGCUAAUACACUGCGAAAGCAUUACUCAGGGGCACCCAACGAC